AUGAGCGUAAAAGUUACAAGAUAAGACACUGAGAUUUCUAGAGAGGAUCAACAAAAGAUCAAUGCAUUCUCUAAAUUGAACAUGAGAUCUCACGAAUACCGCAAGGAUAUUAAAGCCCUUAAGGAGAAACUAGAUGCUCUCUAGGAUGCUGAGCAGAUGAUUGAGGAGUCAUUUGGUGAGGGUCUUAAACUUCAAAUCGGUGAGGCAUUGAUCGAUGUUGACGAAGAGACCGCCACCAAGUAUUAACAGAAAAUUAUGGAGGAAACCUAGGAGGAAUUGGAAAAAUUGCAAGAUCAGCUUGAUGAGAUUGAAAACGAAAUGAAAAACCUUAAGAGUUAUCUAUACGCGAGAUUUGGUACAGCAAUCAACCUAGAAGAAGAAUGA